GGAGGAGAUAUUACGCCAACUGAUCCAAGUCGUGUGGACUACUUUACUCCAAAAGUCCCCUCUAUUCGCACUGAGAUAACAUCACCUAAUUUCACGCCGCGACCAAGCGACAAUAAGUCCUAUCCAUAUCCACAGUUCCUGGUGAUGCCUACCUCCGCUGCGCUUAGGCCGGAUUUGCACCACGUUGCCUCUAGAAGUAUGAUAGACCUGCACUCACCGACAAAAGAGCCCGAGUCCUUGGAGCAUCGUCAGAGCUUGCUGAAGCGCAAGUCGAAAGAGACCCUUCGGUCGACUGCGCCAUCGACUGUAGCAAAUACUGUGGCUUCAAGUCAUGCUCAAGCGGGCUCUACUGCAGGGGACGAUGUUCUGGGUGUCGGUCGCGCUGGCACCCUUCGUCGGCAAAAUUCAUUGCCGAGCUUCAAUCCAUCAACAGCGCCUCCUCCAUAUCCUAUAUUCAGUUUACGCAGAAGUUACCGUGUCCAACCACGGGACGAGGAGGGCAGAGAACGUCUUCCGGGCUACAGUAACUCUUUAUACCUCGCGGCUAUAAUGCCUCGGAAAAUGGAAUUCACUGCUCCAGGUGUGCAAGCAAAGGACCGGAAGUGGCGGAGAGUAUUCUGUGAAUUGGAUGGGACAACAUUCAGAGUGUACAAGUGCCCAGCGGGCGCUUCGGGGGCGGGGAUUAUCGGCGAAUGGUGGGAGAAGAAAGUCGGUGUUGGUGAUAUCGCGACAGGGGCUACUUCGAAUGUCGCGCCAACGAAGAGGGAAGAGCCGGAGCGACGGAUAAAAGAUCCUGAUACUCCUUCUUCCUCAUCUUUCUUUAACUCUGCGGCUGAACAAGAUCGGCGACGGAGCCAGUCUCAGUCUUCUCAUACUUCUACACGGCGCAAGCGCUCUAGUUUUAUGUUACCUUUGCGGGCGGGAGGUUCAUCGCGUCCUCAAUCUGGGAGUGUCCCUCAGGCUGAAUUACCGCCGAUGAACGAUUCGAGCAGUCACUCGUCGCUUUCAUUAUCUCCUCCACCAUCGCGCGAUCACGCGGACAUCCAUAUCAAUCAAGCUCCAUCUCCUCGCCAGUCGCCUCGCCACAGUUUUCUAG